GGAUCUUUCCAAUAACAAGAUCAGUGGUUUAGAUGUUCAGAUAUUCGAAAGCCUGACUUCUCUGGCAAAACUAGAUGUAAGCCACAACAAGAUUUCUACAUUAGAAGAUGGAAUAUUUGAUAAUUUAUUUAAUUUAAGUGAAAUAAACUUAAGUUGGAAUCCAUUUGUUUGUGACUGCAAACUUUCCUGGUUGCCCCGUUGGGUGGAAGACAGACAAGUGAAAGUUAUUCAGGCGUCAGAGACGAGAUGCGCCCACCCUCCUGUGGUGGCAAACCUUUCCCUCUUCGAUGUCUUGUUCGUCAAUGCUACUUGCGGAGCUCAAUACAUAACGUGUCUGACAAGCAACCACACAGAAGGGGCUGAACUUGUCAUCCUCUUCACAUCUGUUCACCCUGGGAACCUCACCGAGGAGACCUGCAGUGCCCUCUGUUAUGCCGAAGACCAGGAAUAUGGAGGUUUCAGCAGCCAGGGGCAGUGUUUGUGUGGUACUGCCCAUGAAACAAACUCUUCCUCCAGUUGUUUGCCAUUUUGCACUGAGCAUUUGUCCGGGCAGGCCUGUGGUGGCCCAUCACUCGUCCCCUCUCCCUUCCAGGCACAGCUGCCUGGGUCUUUCACAGGACUCCAGCCCCGGUACAGCCUACACCAGGCCGUGCUCUUCAAUGUCAGUAUUCCCAUUGCUGUCAGCACUUUACUGUGGGAAUUUGGGGACCAGACAGAGGUUCUCAACACCACUGGAAAUGCAGCUGUCCACAUGUAUGCCUUACCUGGGCAGUACAAUGUCACUGCCACCAUCUUCGUGGGCACCAGGGUCUUAUAUGUGCCGGCAGAAAUUGAGGUGGUGGCUUCACCCCAACAGUUAGAACUGCAAUGUCCUUCCUUGGUCAAGACGAAUGAGAGUCUGGACAUACGGAUCCGCAACAGAGGCGGCACUGGCCUCGCAGUGUUGUAUGGUAUCACCGCAGAGGCUGGAGAGCUGGGCAGAGCAGUUCACCCCAUGUGUCCCCCUGAUGGCUUGGUUUUCCUGGGCAAUAACCACUGCUAUCAGCUGGUGGUGGAGAAGGCUGAGUGGCUGGAGGCCCAGCAGCACUGUCAGGAGCAUGGCAACGGGGAGCUGGCUUUUGUGAGCAGCCCUGAGAUCCAGAGCUUCUUGGUCGCUCAUGUCAUCAGGAGCCUCGAUGUCUGGAUUGGAUUCAAUGAUUUUGCAAGCACUGGAGCGCAGCAAAGAGGCGAAGGAUUUAAUCUGGAGAGCUGUCAGAACUGGCUGCCAGGAGAACCCCAUCCGUCAAACGCUGACCACUGUGUCCGGAUGGGCCCAACGGGCCAGUGUAACACGGACCUGUGCAUGGCCAAGCACAGCUACGUCUGCGAGUACAAGCCAAAAGGAAUUCUCUUAAAUGCCGAAAACUUCUUUGUGGGAGAUCCUGUGUUUGACACACAUGAGGCUGUGAAAAACGUGACAGAAGAUGUGCUGGCAGCUCCGUGGCAAGCUGUGGAGGUGAUGGUGUUCCCUGAGCUGGCCUUCAGGCACGAGGGAUAUUUGACUGCCCUGGAGUUUGUGACACAGGAACUGCAUCAACCCGUUCAAGUGAGGUUCCAGGUGCAUAGACUGGUAGAUGGAGAAGGCUACCAGGAGGGAAAAAAUGCUACAGAACCAUUCCACACUGCUCAGGAUGACGGGAACUGGACUCUACUUGAAUGUCCUCCUGGUUUCCAGUGGUGUCAUUUGACUAAUUUGUGCUCAUCGCUAAACAACUGCUGCAAUGCGACCGAGUGUGCCAACAGUUCUCUUGCCAGCAGCUCUACCCCCGUUUCACUUCAGCACAAUGAAAGCCAGCUCAGCUAUGAACUCAUCAAGGAAUUUCUCUUUACAAUACCAGCUGGCCCUUCUUCCCAGUAUCUGGUCACAUUCAGAAAAGAAAGUAUUUUUGUCAGGGCCAAGGACAUCUUCAGUAUCCAGCACAAUGCAGGCUUGGGCUUACUCCUCCAGUGCCAGCCGAGUGCCACAUCCCCUUACAGAACCAACGUCUUAAGCACAAACUCUUCAGAGUGGGCACUUGGUCUGUCCGACAGCUCCAUCGGUGCCACCUGGAUAAACAACACUGUUUGCUCUGUCCGAGUUCGCUAUGCCGAGGAGCAGCUGGUCCCGGUGAUCAGCCCCCGCAACGCGGGGCUGGAGCAUCCAGGUCGCUACACGGUCAGAGCCAGCGUGGACAACGGGGUCUUCAGCGCCAAUCUGUCCUGCAGUUUCUGGGUGACUUCCUGGGUGUCAGGCCUGCGUGUCAUCCAUCCCGCUCCUCAGAGCGGCAGGGUCUACCUACCAUCCAACCACACUACCCUGGUCGUCAAACUCUCCUCAGGGGUGAACGCGACAGCUAGCUGGCUGGGAGACAACCACACCUUCCCCUUCGAGGGCUCCUGCCCAGCGGCUGUUGCACUGCUGACAGCGGACUGUGCCAGGGAGACCAACGACACCUGGUUUGCUGUGGUCAGCCUGAGCGGCCUCAGGGAGGGGGUGAGCACCCACGUGCUUGUUGUGGAGAACGCCGUGAGCUCCCAGAACAUCACCAUCACAGUGAAAGUGGAGGAGCCCAUCCGCGGGCUGCGGGCCACCCCUGACCCUGAGAGCAGAGUCCUGCUAAAUACACGAGUGAGCUACGUCCCUGUGAUGGAAGCUGGGUCAGAUGUGACUUUCCGAUGGACAGUAGAUGAUAAGCCAUCUUUCACUUUUUACAAUGUUGUCUUCAACGUUAUCUACCAAAGCCCAGCUGUGUACAAGCUUUCGCUCACCGCCUCCAACCACGUCAGUAACUUUACAGUCAAUUACAAUGUCACGGUGGAGAUGAUGAAUAAGAUGAAGAACCUGACGGUGUUGGGUGUCCUGCCGGUCCUCCCUCAGAACAGCACCGUGGAGCUCACAGCAAGAGUUCAGGUUGAUUCAGCUGUGGAUGCUAUGUUCCUGUGGGAUUUUGGAGAUGGUGUCCAGGAGACAUACCUGUUCAGACCUCCCUACAACAAGUCUUUCCUUGUUCCUGAUCCCAGUGUCCAUGAGGUUGUAAUUGAGCACAAUGUUUCACACAUCUAUCAAGACCCAGGUGAAUAUGCUCUGGUGGUUCUCGUGUCAAAUCAGUUUGAGAACCUCACCCACUUGACCCCAGUUCACGUCCACAGUUAUCUGAUUGAUGUGAAGAUGGAAGUAGAGGAGGAUGUUUUAGUUGUGAGCCGUCCGGUCAUCUUCAGAGCCAAUCCACUGCCAUCUCCUUACGGUGUCGUGUACAGCUGGGACUUCGGGGAUGGGUUCUCACUGUUCACAGAGAGCCAGUCUACAGUGACCUACAGCUACUCCAGAAGAGGGAUAUACAACAUCACCCUGACAGCGAACAAUACCAUAAGCAGCGUGGAGACAGUUGAGUGCUACCAAGUGUUUGAAGAGAUAACUGGGCUCCACGUUUCCGCAGAUGAGGCAGCAGAGCUGGGAGCAUCUGUGACCCUUAAUGCUUCAGUGCAGACGGGGGACAGUAUCACCUGGAUAUUCGAUAUGGGGGACGGGACGGUGCUGAGGAGUCAGGUGCCAGUGGUAGAACAUGUGUACAUAAAGGACAUCAACUGCACUGUGAACGUGACAGCUGUGAAUCCUGUGAACUCUGUCUCCCAAACUGUGCCUGUUCGGAUAUUUGUCCUGGAAGUACUCAAAAUAGAGCCUACUUCUUGCAUCCUUGAGCACCCAGAUGUGCAGCUCACUGCGUAUGUGACGGGGAAUCCUGAGGAAUACAUCUUCGAUUGGACUUUUGGAGACGGCUCGUCCAAUGUCACAAUCAGUGGGGACCCUGUAGUGAUGCACAACUUCACCCGAAGCGGGACAUUCCCCCUCUCCCUGACUCUCUCAAGCAGGUUUAACAAGGCUCACUAUUUCACCAGCGUCUGUGUGGAGCCAGAUAUUGUCAAUGUCACCCUUCUCCCUUCCAAGCAGUUUGUGAGGCUUGGUGAAGAGAGCAGCUUCCAGGUCAGUGCCGUGCCUCUCUACCAGUACCGCUACCGCUGGGAUUUCGGGAACAAUGAGUCCACCAGAUCGAGUGGGACUGAAGUGACUUACACCUACAAGAACACGGGGGUUUUCCUGGUCACGGUGACCGUCUCCAACAAUGUCUCUUUCAACAACGACACAGCGUUUGUGGAAGUCCAGGAACCAGUUGGAGUGGCAAAGAUUGAAUAUAACGGGACAAGUGUUUUGGAGCUGAACCAGAUCUACCUGUUCUCUGCCAGCAUGAAUGGAACGAAAGUGAGUUACUGUUGGGACUUUGGAGAUGGCACUACCCAGCCUGGCCAAAUCGCUGCCCACUCCUACAACAACACAGGCCAUUACACUAUUAGUGUGAUGGGGCAGAAUGAUGUGAGCUUUAAUGAGACCAUCAUCGACAUCACAGUGAAACGCCGACUCCAUGGGCUGACCAUCAAUGCCAGCAGGACAGUGGUGCCAUUAAACGGUUCGGUGAGUUUUGUAGCCACGCUUGUAGCUGGCAGUGCCAUCCGCUACUCGUGGAUCCUCUGCGACCGGUGCACUCCUAUCCAAGGCUCCUCCACAAUUUCCUACACUUUCCGGUCUGUGGGCACGUUCAAUGUCAUUGUGACAGCAGAGAACAAGAUCAGCUCGUUGCAGGACAGCAUCUACGUCUACGUCCUGGAGCAGAUUGAAGGCCUGCAGGUGGCUAGCAGUGACCUGGUGGAGGACAUCUAUUUCCCAACUAACAAAACACUCCAUUUGCAGGCAGUGGUGAGAGAGGGAACGAACAUCUCUUACAGCUGGGUAGCCCAAAGGGAUGGCAAUGCGGUGCAGACCUUCACUGGGAAAACCUUCUCCUUGAGCAUCCUAGAAGCUGGAAACUACACUGUCUAUCUGAAAGCCACUAAUAUGCUGGGGUGCGCAACUGCUAACAGGACACUGGAGUUCAUUGAAAGCAUUGGUCUUUUAAAGCCUUACGCCUUCCCCAACCCAGUUGCUAUUAAUGCCUCUGUCAACAUAAGUACCACCAUAACCAGUGGCACUGGCAUCACGUAUGUUUGGUACCUAGAGGAUGGCUUCUCUCCUGUUACCUCUGAACCCUUUAUUAUCCACUCCUUCCAAAGCCCUGGAGUGAUAGAGGUCGUCAUUGGAGCAGAAAACAAGCUGGAUUCAACCAAUGCAACAAUUCCUAUCUGUGUAGAGGAGGUCAUAGAGGGGCUGAGUAUAGGGACUGCAGAACUGGACUGCAGGUACGUCUCAUCAGGCUCCACGGUGGUCUUUGAGGGGGAGCUGCAGAAAGGGACUGAAGUGACAUGGCUUUGGGAGUUGCCAAAUGGCACGUUGACUGGCCAGUCCGUGGCAGUCAUGUUCCCCACAGCAGGGUUUUAUACAGUCUAUCUGAAUGCAUCGAAUGACAUCAGCUGGGCUCUGGCCAGCAGGCAUAUCUCAGUGCUGGACAGGAUUCAAGGACUGGAAGUUCUUGCCAGCAAGAAGGUGGUGGAGCCAGGGGAACAGGUCACCUUUGUGAUCAGGAUGUUGUCGGGUACCUCUGUGAGUUACUUGGUGAGCAUAAGUGGGGACUAUUCUGUGGUGCUCAAUGGGUCCAAGUACACGCAUGAGUUCACCAAGAGCGGUGAUUAUUUGGUGACCGUGACAGUGCAGAAUCAAAUCAGCAUCGCGCAUGCCCAGGUGCUCAUCUCUGUCCUGGAGGCCAUCCGUGAUGUCAGGCUCCUGAACUGCUGUGAGGAAGGCAUACCCACAGGCACAGAGAAGAGCUUCAGUGCUCAGGUGGGUAGUGGCUCCCGUGUGUCCUUCUCCUGGCAGUUCUCCCUGUGGAAAGAGCAAGGUCGAUCUGUGGUCACCGUGGCAGGAGAGAGUGUCUCCUACACUCCAGAAGCUGCAGGGCUACUCGAGAUUCACCUCAAUGCCUUCAAUGACUUGGGAGGUAUCAAUAUCACCAGAACCAUCCAGGUCCAAGACCCCAUAGUCCAAGUCUCCCUCACUGCCUCCAAUGCCUUUGUCAACAGGACAGCACUGUUUGAAGCAGCAGUGGUGCCCAGCAGCAGGAGUGUUGAGUUCCUGUGGACCUUUGGGGAUGGCUCUUCCACUCAAAUGACCAGGGUUGCAGUGGCCAACUAUUCUUACCUGAGCCCUGGGGAUUACCUGGUGGAGGUGAAUGCCACCAAUCUCAUCAGCUUCUUCAUAGCCCACCUCACUGUCACCGUCAAAGUCCUGGAGUGUGAGGAGCCAGAGGUGGAGUUAGCCUUGCCCCCUCAAGUAGUCAUGAAGCGGUCCCAGAGGAACUACCUAGAGGCACAGAUUGACCUCCGAGGAUGCAUCAAGUACCAGACGGAGCACCUAUGGGAGAUCUACCGAGCACCCAGCUGCAUGAACUUGGAUGACUCCAGCAGGAUCCGGCUGCCAAACGUCGAUGUGAACAGGCCCCAGUUAGUUAUACCGAAGCUUGCCCUAGAAGUUGGGAACUAUUGCUUCAUCUUUAUUGUCUCCUUUGGAGAUACCCCGCUGUCCAAAAGCAUCUUUGCCAAUGUGACUGUGAUACCAAGUAAGCUGGUCCCAAUCAUUGAUGGGGGGUCAUACCGGGUAUGGUCCAACACUCAGGACUUAAUCUUGGAUGGGGAGAAGUCCUAUGACCCGAACUUGGAUGAUGGUGAACAGACUCCGUUGUUAUACGAUUGGUCUUGUACAUUCUCCUCCAAGAGCUCGGCUGCAGGGUGCUCUCUGAAUUUCAGUGCCAAGGAAGGAAUUGUCACAAUUUCCAAAGCUGUAUUAGAAGCAGAUGUGGAGUAUACGUUCGACCUCACCGUCAGGAAGGAGGGUAUGAGUCCCGAGGCAACAAAUCAAACCGUAUUCAUCAAGAGGGGAGGAGUCCCUAUCGUGUCCCUGGAGUGCGUUUCCUGCAAGGCUCAGUCCGUCUAUGAAGUUAGCAAGAGCUCCUACGUCUACCUGGAGGGGACCUGCCAGAACUGUCACAACGACUCCAAGCUUGGGAGAUGGGCAGCACACAGCUUUAAAAACAAGUCUCUCAUCCUGGACAAAAAAACUACCUCCACUGGCGACACAGGCAUGAACCUGGUCUUGAGGCAAGGGGCGCUGAAGGAUGGGGAGGGAUAUACUUUUACCCUUCACAUCACAGACCUCACAACAGGGGAGGAAGGAUUCGCCUCCAUCGAUCUGCUCCCAAACCAGCCGCCCGUUGGAGGAUCCUGCCGGCUGUCUCCCAAAGGACCCCUGAGGGCACUGAUGGCGAAGGUGCACUUCGAGUGUGCAGGCUGGCGAGACACGGAGGACACGGAGGGCCCGCUGGUGUACAUCCUCCUGGCAUCCCGCCGCAGGGCCGGGCACUACCACGAGUUCUGCGUGUACAAGGGCAGCCGUGCCGAGCACAGCGCCUUCCUGCCCCCGGGCUUUCACGAGAGCGGCUUUGUGGUGUGCCAGGCUUGGCAGAUCCCGGGUGAAACGUUUGCCUCCUGGAAGAGGCUGUUGGCAGCAGAAGUGCAGUACAGAGAAUUCCAGUCUUUGUGGAUCAUCGCUCAAGGGGGAGACUUUCCCAUAAGCUACUGCUUUCCUGACCACCUCCUUAAUUCCCUGGUGACACCGUGA